UUUCUCGAUCGAGUCCCCCUCCGUUUGUUUUUUGCUGCGGGAUGUUGAUCGGCACUUUUUUGUGUGCGAGGCUCGGGGACCAGCUGGACGCGAGAUCCCCCCGAGCUGCUCCGCCUGCAUUCACCGCAUGUUUUCUAUCCGUGCCAGCCAGUUGGUCACCAGUUGUCGGCGUCCCCCCUCCUCCUCCUCCUUCUUGUACCAUCAUACCACGCUGACGACAACUGACUCCAGCUACCGGGCAGAAAGGUCCCGGCAACUCUGUCCCCCUCAGUGAGCAGGAAACUUGUGCAGCAGAGAUGAGAGUUGUGUGUGUGUGUCUGUGUGUGUGUGUAUAACAGCUGGUCGGAUCAGGAGCCUAGAAAUAGCAGCCCAUCCCCAGACUACUGCUGCUGCUGCUGCUGCUGCAGCAGCGGACAGGGAGACAUGGGUGUUUCCCCAUUCCCUUUCAUGUUGCUGUUUCAUCCUCUGCUGCAGGGCUCCUCUUAACUUUUUUGCACCAGUUAGAUCCUUGAGAUUUCACAGGAAUCAGACCCCCCCCUGCCCCCAACGCUGAAUGCAAACGAGGGUUAGUUUGAUGCAAAGUUGUUCACCUGCCUUUGCUCCGGUUUGAUCGCUCACCGCCCGCCUUCCGUCUGUGAAUAUCUUGUGUUUCUCUCUCUCUGGAUUGUGAGAGAUAGUGAGGUCUGGUUGUUUAUCUGCACCAGAACACGGCCUGAUACCUCAACUGUUGGCCCCCGCAGCUGAUGGGUGUUUGAGUUCAGCCUUGCAGGCAGAGAGGGAAUUUUGCAAGCGCCUAUUGAUGACUACAUGGCAAAGUGUGAGAUGGACAGGUAUCUCUCCCCGCAGUCUCUUCACCUUCCACAUCCUGCAGAUAGCCAGCAGAAGUCACAGAGAGACAGCGCGUCUGUUAUGGAUAGCUUCUUCACCGACGACCACAGCGGGGCUCCCUACACCCUCAACAUGAAUCUUUACCUCCCCGACGCCGCCUACCUGAGGAUGGGCUUGUGUCAGCAUGCGCGGCCCCCUCAGCAGCAGCAGCAGCAGCAGCAGAGCCACACAGGUCUAACCCAAAUCAAAACAGAAUCUGCCUCCCCGUGUUUCUCCCCCAACCUGCAGCUGCACUGCCCCAGCGCUACGCCCACCAGUAGCUGCGGCACAUCUGGCCACGGCCACGGCGGCGUUGCCAUGGAAAGCUCAGCCAUAAACAUGACGCUAACAGGGUUACCGGACUUCACCAGUGUUUUCAGCCAGUCGGGUGGCGGCCGCGAUUCGGUGCCAGAGGUGUUUGUCAAGCAGGAAAUGUCAUCGCCGUUCGAGCAGCACGCCCUCCACCACCACGACAACGGCGGCUCGCUGUUUCAGCUGCUAAACUCCGGCUUGGACCAUCACCAUGGCAAUGGUAUGGAGGGUCAGCAUCAGCAUCAUCAUCAUCAUCAUCAUCAUCAUCAUCAUCAUCAGCAACAGCAGCAGCAGCAGAUACAACACACUUCCACUUCCACUAUCCACGCACCUUUCCAUGAGCUGCCGGUGGCUUCCUCUGCAUCUCAGCAGGAGCAGACGGCCAAGCCUGUCUACUGCGGCCUGGGUGGAGGAGCGUACACGCAUCCUCACGCUCAGGCGCACCCUCAUUUCCUCCAGCAGCAGGUGCCCUACCUGCCGCCCUCUCCGCCCAGCUCGGAGCCAGGCAGCCCAGACAGACAGAAGGAGCUGCUCCACACCAUGUCCCCUCCUCCUUCAUACGCAGCCACCAUCGCCUCCAAGUUGGCAGGCGGCACCCCUGGACUCGGUCCCGGCCCGGGACCAGGUAGUCUGGCCCUGCCGCUCACGACGGGUCCCACGCCGGUCCCAGGCCAGGCCUCAGGCCUUCCUCAAGCCCCUGCAGCGUCUCCAGCCCCAACCCCAGCUCAGACCACCGUGCCUGUCCGCUACAACCGGAGGAACAACCCAGACUUGGAGAAAAGACGCAUCCACCACUGUGAUUACCCAGGCUGCAAGAAGGUCUACACCAAGUCGUCCCAUCUGAAAGCUCACCUCAGGACUCACACGGGUGAGAAGCCGUACAGGUGCACGUGGGACAGCUGCGACUGGCGCUUCGCCCGUUCGGACGAGCUGACACGUCACUACCGGAAGCACACGGGCGCCAAACCCUUCCAGUGCGCCGUCUGCUCGCGCUCCUUCUCCCGAUCCGACCACCUGGCCCUGCACAUGAAGAGACACCAGAACUAGCAGCGUUUUCAGACGCGGCGACAAAAAACACACAAAAAAAAAAAAAAAAAAAAGAAAAGAAACACACAAGCACUGUCUUGACACACACAAAGCACUUACUCUACAACAACUACAUUGCUACAAGCUGCCUGACGCAGAGCGACUCUCACUGACAACGCAGCUCCUCCUGGCGCUGCUGUCGUGUGCUAGAAAACGGUACGAUGGCCUAACACACGUGUUGCUCCUAACCCAGAGCGGGACACUGCGGAGGUUGUAUAAUAGAACAAGCAAGGGGCCAGGUGAAGCUGCUGGUCCCUUGGCCUCCAGAUACACUUGGUAAAGAUUUCUGUGGACAAAUACAAAGGAGGAAAAAGUGAUAGCAGAAAGAAAAAAUGGUAGCUGCAAAACUGACUGGAAAGAAAGCACUUACCAAUCAAAACCUGUACAUCUUGUGUUCCAACAUAGAACUGGAUCAUGUUUUUGUUUGCAAGACUAGUCAAGCCAAAUCUUUGUUUACUCCUCGGUUUGUUAGUUUGUUUGUAGAACUGGAAUAUCCAGAUUUAAUUUUUUAUACCAAAUCCUUCGGUUUGCACUAGAAUUGGUAAUCUAAGUCUGAGCCUUUCCUCGGGGCGGGUGGGGGGGGGGGGGCCGCGUGCGUCUCAUCCACCAUUGGAACGAUCAUUAUCACGGCCGGACUGAAUCUCCACGAACGCCACACAAAUCAUCGCUGUUCAGAUAUUAAAAAUUGAAGGCAUUUAUACUCUGGAGAGAGGGAAGAUAGUGCAAGGCGGGAAAAAAAAAAAAAAGACAAGGGCGCGGUGGAGAUGGAGAGAGGGAAAGAUUUUUGAUUUUAGAAACGAGAGAGAGGAGAGGAGAUCAGAGGACGACUGAGGAGCAGAGCGAGGUGGAUGGUUUGCUAAAGAGCAGCAAUUAGGCGAUGAAUUAUUCAUGUUGUCUUUUGACGGAUUUCCAACCAGAGAAAUGUAACAGAACCUUUAGAUAUAUCCUAGAAUUCACUCACGUUGUGUUUGACGCACAAGCUUGAAUUGAUACAACUUACUGUCCGCGGUCUCAUCCAGCGUUUUUAACCAAAGCAUCAUCGUCAUCGUCGUCGCCGACACCUUAUCAAGUGCCUCUUUCUCUGGUUUUAUGUGUGUUCGUUCAGUGGUAGCAGAGCUGUGGUCAAUGUGGACAGUCCAUUUAAAAACACAUGGUGCUGUUUUGUUUUUUUGUCUUUUUUUAAUUUCUUAAUCUAUCAGAGCUCCAAAAAAGAGUGGAAUUCAUUUUAAAAAAGACAACGUUACCCAUCAUUCAUUGUGAUUUAACAGCUCGGCUCAGGCCACCUCACGGACAACCUGACAUGAUUUAAAAAAAAAAAAAAAGUCAACCGUUUCUCUCACUCCAUGCACAACUAACAUGCAGCUCGGCUAUAUCAGCCAAUCAAACACAGAUGCAUGUUUUGAUAAAGGAGAAGUUCACAUUUUUUUUCUCUCAUGAAACUUGUGUGUGUGUGUUGCAAGUGUUAAUGGUUGCUGCUUCUUCCCUCUGCAUACUGGCAAUAAAGAGAUCCCUGCUCAGAACAUUUUUAGUAUGAAUGAUAAGCGACAGAAUCAACAGUGUAAUAAAAAAUAAUGCAUUGUGAAGUUUGGCUCAAGAUAAUGCGGCGUAUUUCAAAAGAUGAGUCUUAUCUGAGCCUCUUUGUGCUCCGGCAGCAGACAGUGUUCCCUUGUUGAGCCGCGGCGAGGAAUGACAUCGAGAGGGGGAAAAAAAAAACACUAAGUUUGGAAGAUUUUAUGAUUAGAUUUGAGCAACUACUGAGCUUCAAGCAUUUCCUUCAUUCCCUCAUCUCCUCCUCUGAAAUCAAUUUGGUUGAAGAUCUCGCCUCAGUCAGUCAGUAUGGAGAGGAACCUGCAGCCAAAAACUCUUAAUCUACACAUUAGGAUUGUUUUAAAGGCGCACUAUGUAAGAAUAGGCCACGCUGAAAACAAAUAGAAGGCAGGAUAUCGCCAGAGUUACCGCUAAUGGCUGCUAACUGUAGCUGUCAUUAGCUAGUUAGCUCGGUUAGCCGUACAGCUAGCGGCCUGGGCUGAGAGCUAGUGGCACCAGGGAAGUGUUUACAACCGUUAGCUGGUUAGCAUGCUAACUUCAGUAGAUAUCUCUGCAACAAAAUAUAUAAACGUCAUAAUAUCACCUUUUCUUCCUCCAACUAAAAUCUUACAUAUUGCUCCUUUAAGACAGACUUGAGGGAAAAUGUGAACCUGUGCUCUCAUACACACUUGAAUGUCCAUGUUGAUGGUGUGAUGUAGCCUGCGCCUCUAACUGUAUUUGUUCAUUCACUGCAGGUAGCAUAAAGAUAAUAUAGCACUGUAAUGUAUCAUGGUAAAUCUGACUAUUUAUUUGAUUGUGUAGAAGUGGGGGUUGUAUCAGAUCAACCGUCUUUCUCCCCAGCAAAAAUGCCUUAAUGUAAAUAUAUGCACUGUAAAUAACUUGAUUUUUUUUUUUUUUUGGUUUAUUUUUCCCUUUUUUUUGUUAUUGUUUUGUAAACGAGAGGGCGAAAAGAUGAGAGGAAAAAAAAAAAAACGCCCCGCAUCCAAAAAAUAUUUGAGCCUUUGUUUAUUUUCUUUAACUUUUGUUUCCUUGUCAAAGAUAUUUUAAUGCCAUUGUUUUAUAUAUUGUCCUUCCAAUGACUUAUUUUGUAGAUUUGUUUCCUUCCUAGGUAAAUGUUCCAAAGACAAAAGUUGUUUUUUCUUCAACUGAGUGAAGCCGAUCCUAAUAAAGUCAACUGACACUUUUA